AAAGAGGAGGAGAUCGCUGCUGCACCUUGAACUCGGAGACAAGUGUCUCAGCAUGGCUGAAGGAAUGGCCAUCUGCAGAGCAGCCAGCAGAGCCAUCUCCCAGGGGCCUGCUUUUGGCCCUUUCGCACCGUGCACCCAGAAAAUGCAUCUGCUAUCAUCUUCUCGUUCAUUUCUGGGGUCCCUGCUGGUCUGUGGGAGCAGAAAGCUCCAGUCCCCCCCUGAACGCAGGAUUUCAGACACAAGGUUUAACGCCCCUCUGAGUGCCGAAGAAGUGGCUCGACCAGUUGGAGUUUGCACUAUGCUACGCCUUCCCUACCAGGAGUCUGCGGAGGGCCUGAAUUUGGCCUUUAUUGGGGUCCCCCUGGAUACAGGCACCUCUAACCGACCUGGAGCAAGGUUUGGACCCCGCCACAUCAGAGCUGAAUCCUGCAUGGUGCGGACGUAUAAUGUCACCACUAGGGCGGCGCCAUACAACUCCCUCAUGGUGGCUGAUAUUGGAGAUGUCCACGUCAAUCUCUAUAACCUUAAGGACAGCUGCCAGAGGAUUCGAGAAGCCUACCAGAAGAUCAUGGUGGCUGGAUGUAUCCCGCUGACCCUGGGUGGAGACCACACCAUCACUUACCCCAUCCUGCAGGCUAUCGCUGAGAGACAUGGACCUGUUGGCCUGAUUCACGUGGACGCUCACACUGACACGGCGGAGCAGGCCCUGGGGGAGAAGAUCUAUCAUGGCACCCCAUUUAGGCGCUGUGUGGAUGAGGGUCUCUUGGACUGUAAGCGAGUUGUGCAGAUCGGGAUCCGCGGUUCUUCCUACAGCCCUGAGCCCUACAAAUUCUGCAGGGAGCAGGGUUUUCGGGUGGUGUUUGCUGAAGAUUGCUGGUCUAAGUCUCUGGUUCCCCUCAUGUCAGAAGUGAGACAGCAAAUGGGAGACAAACCGGUCUAUCUCAGUUUUGACAUUGAUGGGAUCGACCCUUCAUUUGCCCCUGGGACGGGAACCCCAGAGAUCGGCGGCCUGACCACACACCAGGCCCUGGAGAUCAUCCGAGGAAGCCGCGGCCUCAAUCUGGUGGGCUGUGACCUGGUGGAAGUGGCGCCCAUGUACGAUCUGUCAGGUAAUACUGCGCUGACGGCCGCCAACCUACUAUUUGAAAUGCUGUGCGUACUGCCAGGAGUCCAGUCCUACUGAAUACCAGCGGAUGAGCAGAAGGGGGCGCUGUGGCAGGCGCAGCACUAUGAAGUGCCUUUUGCGCUGUGGCAUUAGAAGAAUUUUGAUAUCUCUGACUUUUUGGUCUAACCAGACUGUCUAUUACUCUGUAAUUCCUCUAGCGCCGUUCUA